AUGAUAUGGAAGUCCGCUUCCACUAGAUCUCAGCAAUAUAUCCAGCUGGAUAAAAAUUUAGUAGCAAAUCAAGGUUCAAAUCAAGGUUCAGAUGGGGUAGAUUCGGCGUUUAACAAUAUACGGCAUCUAACGUCGAUUAAUUUACAGACGCCCACUAGUCAGACUACUCUGGAACUCGGGAUUUUAAACGUUUCUGAUUUGAAACCUGUUUAUCGCGAUGAUUUUUCAUCUGCUACUGAGAUGGUUCUGCUAGAUCAAAAUGAAGAGGAUUUGUUUGAGUUUCCAAUGGCCCAGAAGACAGUUUUAGAUGGCUUGGUUCAAGAGAUCUUCGAAGAAUCGCUAUCGCUUAACAGCGAACUAUACUGGGAAGAGUUCCACUAUACUAUUGUAACUUCUAAGGCGCUGAACCUAGAUGGGCUCAACUCUACUGAAUUACUGGAUAACAGUUUUACAAAAUCUGUUAAAGAUUUUAGAAAGAAGCUGCUAAGUUCUGCUCAGCGGGCACUUUCUCUACCGACAAAAUAUGGUAGACUGGUGAUAGGCAGGAAACAGUUUUUUCUACAGAGAACUGUUGCACUACUUCCUGUGGCUCUGUUUUCGAUAAAGUGCCUUAGAAAACUACUCCAGAGAAGAGGUAAGCGAAAACGUAUCGUAAUUACACUACUGCUAGCGAUGUACCUUGCCCUGCAACAGGAGGUAUUUCACUCAAACUACAUUAAGUAUUCUGCAUUGACGAAUUUAAAAGAAAUGGUUAAAUUACUAACGAGCUUGGACAAACUUGAGCAUAAUUAUCAUAUUAUUCUGAAUGAACUAACGAUAUUCAGACCCAUAACCAUGGUGCAGACAAGCACGCGACUUCCAUCCAAUAUUGCAUUAAUUUCUGAUAUACUAGUUUCUGUAACAGACACUUUGUAUUAUAAACUGAGACUUAAUAUCCGUGAGAUAUUGCCAUUUGUGGAUACAGAGGCGCUGGUUAGGUAUUGCGAGAUAUACAAUGUGAAUCUGGUUUUAUUGCAUGGAUUCCUCCACGGAGCAAGUGAACUUAGCCUAUCUGACAAACUACAAAGACUGAGAUCAUUGAAGAAGUUUUGGCUAUGUCUUCUACUGUCGGUAACAGGCUUUGAUACGUAUGUCACCAAAGUCUCCCCUGCUAUUGCAAAAAUGUUUCCUGGUUGUGAGAUGAGUUACCUGAAAGAAUCAGAUAAGUUAAAGCUAAUUGAUAGGGAGUUAGUUAAGUUGAACUUCAACUUGAAGAAUGCAAUUUCGAGCUUCACAGCCUAUAAGUCAUGUAUAUAUGAUGGUAUCAUUUCUCCCGCCCUCAACUCGCCAAUUGAAAAGACAGCACAAAGGAAGGAGGAAUGUUUGUCAAAACUUGUAUCGUCCACAUUCAACGAAUUGCAAGAGCUUCAAAAUAAACUCCUACAUUCUCAGGAUAACGAUGAUAAACUUCGGCGGUAUGUUCAAGAGAAGCUACUUUUCUUGCACAGCUUCUGGGAACCCGUAAAGAAUGAAAAGAUAAUAGGGCCAGCAACUGUAGGAGUGAACUCAACUUCUACAUCAGCUUUGAAGCGUAAUUUCGGUGGUUUUGCGCUAAAUGUCAUAUCUACUGCCUCUGAAGAUGAAGAGGCGAGCUCUUUCAGCUGUGAGCCUGUUACACCAGUUAUUGAUGAGUCCGCAUAUGACAAACAAUCAACCUUGGGAGAUAAUAUGGCAAGCAAUGGAACAGAAGAUGUGUAUGUCACAUGUAGUGAGGAAUACGACCCACCUGAAUAUUUAAAAGAGAAAUUCAAGAAGUUAUCAGAGGAACAACUUAAAAUGCGUCUAAACGCUACGAUAAACAGAAUUACCAUGGGUAAUAGUAACAGAUACGACGAAAUAAGAGAUGAAGCCUUGGCUGUCGCAGAUCUUCAAAUAGGUACAGAAGAAGCAUACAAAGGAUUCGAGAGCAGGCCUCUUUUAUCCCAUCACAAAGAAUGUGUAAUGAUUCAAGAACUUAAAGAGCGAUUUAAAGGUUAA